UUUGUUGAUGUUGGUCCGUGACGACACCGUCAGCUCCUCCGUGAAGCAGCUUUAGUCACAGGUGUCAUGGCGCAGGGAGUGUGGCUGUAGAGUCUCCGUGGUGAAGUCAGCAGGUCGACUGCUCUGCCUCAUUCAGCUUCAUGGUUGUUGUGGAGGCAGCUGGGGUUGAGCUGUCACAGCGUUGUCGUGGAUACGGAGCAAUGCAGCGACUGUACGUCGGUGGGUUGAGCCACACAGUCACACAGAAGGAUCUGAAGGAUCGAUUUGGGAAGUUUGGAGACGUGCAGGAUGUUGAGCUACGGACCAGGAGAGACGAUGAUGGAGUUCCUUACAAGACCUUCAGCUACGUUAACAUCAACAUUUCAGAAGCUGACCUGAAGAAAUGUAUGACGGUGCUGAACAAAUCCAAAUGGAAAGGAGGAACUCUGCAGAUUGAAACAGCCAAGGAGAGUUUCCUGCACAGACUGACUCAGGAGCGGCAGGAGGCGAUGGAGCAGCGCCUCCAGCCGCCUGCAGCUGAAGACAAGAGACAAAAGCUGCUCGACUCCCUGAGCAAAGCCGGUGUGGACAACUUUCACAUGAACGCUGCAGUGCCAGGGACAGAAGUACCGGGACACAAGGACUGGGUGGUGAGUAAGUUUGGACGAGUCCUCCCCAUCCUGCAGCUCAGGUGUCAGAAGGGCAGCAAAGCUCGAACCCUGAAGUACGACCCGUCCAAAUACAGCCACAACAUCCGCAGGCUGGACCGAGCCGCCACUGACCAGCACACCCCCGUCACCCAGCUCACCUGGGAGGUACAGGGAGGGGACGAUGACAUCAGCAAAAAGAGGCGGGGCGAGUUCCCUCCAUAUGUGCCACCAAAACCCAAAAAGAGUCGGAAAAACGUGACCAACUCCCAUAAUGCAGUGGGCCCAACCAGAUCAGAGCCGACUGUUCUCUCCGUCAAACUCACAGAGCCUCAACCUUUCACCAACGGGUUUCAACUCCCCACUAACUACAGACCAGCUCAGAGGAAGUUGCUACCUUUCACCGGUGGCGAUGUGGAUUCGGACGAGGAAAUCCGCAGGCUGGUGGCAGUUCAGAACCCCUCCCAUGGUGCACCGAGGCAGGAAGUGGAGGAGGAUAACCUGGAAGUGGUCGGAUUAGACUACCUGGUGAAGUCGGGACUUUCCGGUCAGCAGAGGAAAGGUAGGCCAGAUGACGAAGACGACUAUGAUUCUGCUGACACAGAUGAACUCUUUGCAUCCAGGAAACCUCCUCCUGCUCCUCUUCCCCCUGAUCCUGCUCCAUCACAGGAGCAACAGACCCUGCCCACUGCAGAAAACCCCUCAGGGAACAACACGGAUAAGAAGAAAAAGGCGAAGAAGAAAAGUCAAGCUGCAGCAGAAGAGGAAGAGGAGGAGGAGGAGGAGGAUUCAGCAGAUGCUGAAGAUCACAUCACUUCUGCCACUUCUCAGAAACAAAGAAGCAACCAGAGUAAGAAGUUGCUAGAUCUCCCUGUUGUGAAGUCCUCUUUCUCAGAGUCUGAUGGUGAUGAUGAGGAGGAGGAGGAUGAUGAUGAGGAUGAUGAAGAUGAUGAUGAAGAUUAUGAAGCCAUGUUUUCUAACGUCACCCAUCUGGAGAUCUCCAUGGCUGACCUACAGAGGCUAGCUGAAGAAGCCAAGCAGACCUCUGAGACUACAGCUCCCAGCGUCUCUAGCUGCAGCACCGAAAAAGAAACUAACCUUGUAUCUGGUGUCGCAGAACAACCCGCACCCAAGAAAGGCACCAUGCCAGAAGACAUCCUCGCCUCCAUCAUGCGGGGCUACUGCAGCGAUGACGACAAGAAGAAGAAGAAAGGAAUGCUGCCCGCCUUCCAGGGAACAAAAAGAUUGUACGAUGGAUUAGAAACAAGUGACUGCCAGAAGAGACAGAGAGAGGAGCAGCAGGAGAGAACAGGAAGUGUGGUCAAAAAGCACAAGCUGCACUCAGAAGUGGACGAGAAAACAGCUGAAAACAAAACCAGGAAAAGUUUGAGGAAAGAAACACACAAAGAAACGAAGAAGACAGAGAGCAGUGAGGAGGAGGAGGAGGAGGAGGGGGAGGAAGAGGAGGAGGAGGAGGAGGAGGUUGUGAAGGACAAGGCUCCUACAAAAGUUUCAAAUAAAUCUGCUGUACAUACUGAGAAACCUGAGACAAGUACCUCCUCCUCCAGCAGCAGUAAUGAUGAUGAUGAGGAGGAAGAGGAGCAGAGGAUGAAGGUCAGUCAGACUGUUCCGUCAGCCAAAGCUACAGCAAAGACUAUACCUUCAUCCUCCAGCUCCUCUUCUGAGGAAGACGAGGACAAACAAGAGAUUGUCUCUGCUGAAGAUGUUGGGAAAACAGCUACUGCCCCUGCUCCUCACAGCGAGUCAUCGUCGUCGUCGUCGUCGUCCUCCUCCGGCGAUGAGGAGGAAGAGGAAGUGCAGGUUUCUUCCCGGGUGAAGUUAGGAGCCAAGGAGGAAGAGGAGCAGCAGAGGAAGGCCAACGUGAGGAGACUCGCUGCCAUCCAGCAGAGAAUGAAAGAGGCCGAAGAAAACAAGAAGCUCAUACAGGGAGCUCUGUCCAACCUGGAUACUCCAAAACCAGGAGCAGGGAAACACAUUGUUUUUGGCUCUGAUGAUGAAGAGGAGGAUGGGGAUGAAGAUGAGCAGCAGAAACCCUCAGAUGUCACAAUGUCAAAGAAGAAGACCCUGUUCGAGGACAGCCAAUCCGAAUCAGAGGACGAGACCACAGGUGACGAGGCAACAGCCAAUGAGAAGAACACAACGAAAGAGAAGGUGCGUCUGAAGGGGUCAGGCCCUCGGCUGUUUGGCGGCAGUGAUGAUGAGGACGGUGGCGAUGAAGAGGAGGAUGGCAGCAGGUUUGACAUCAGGCCUCAGUUUGAAGGUCGAGCUGGUCAGAAGCUGAUGCAGCUUCAGUCUCACUUCGGGGCAGACGAGCGAUUUCGGAUGGAUUCUCGCUUCCUGGAGGAAGAUGAGGGCAAAGACGAAGAGUCAGAGACAAAGAUGACAGAGGAUGACGAGGCUCUGGAGGAGGAGAGGAAGAAGAACCUGUCCAUCAUGCAGAGCGUCCUCGGCAGCAACCAACAAACCUGCAGCAGCAAGUCUGCCGGCAAAGCCAAGACCUUCAGAGACGUGUCAGCGCUGCACUACGACCCCAGCCGAGAGGAACAUGCUGCGUUUGAGACCAAACCAGAUGAGGUCAAAGAGAGCAAGUCGGCCAGGAGGAAGAAGAGGGAAGAGGCUCAGAAGAUGCCGGAGGUUUCUAAAGAAAUUUACUACGACGUGUCUGGAGACCUGAAGGCCGUGUUUGGUCCGACAAAGGAUGACAUCACUGAAGAAGAAGAAGGAGAAGAAGAAGAAGAAGAGAAGAUAAACUGGGACCAAGAAGAGGAAGAGGAAAAAACAGAGAAAGAAGAGGAGCCGACUCCGGUGACGUCUCUCGUCUCGGCUGAUGCAGAGAAAGAGGAGUCUGGAUUUAAAUUCUCCUUCUUUGGAGACGACGUAGAAACAGAAAGUAAAGAGCCGGCAGAGUACAAGGUGGAGAAUAUCCAGGCUCCGAAGGUGUCAUGGCACCAAGACCCACGUUUCCAAGACAGCAGCUCAGAAGAGGAAGAUGAGGAUCAGGAGGAAGAUGAGGAGCAGAUCAUUGCUACAGCUAAAACCACAGAAGCGGAGACUCCUGCAAAGACCAGUCUCUUCUUCUUCUUCUACCCUGAAGACAGCAGAUUGACAGAGGGCCCGAGGUUAUUCUGUCGUUCCUCUCAGCUGGAGGAGCAGAGGGAGCAGUGGGAGGAGAGGAGGAGCACACUCAGAGAGGAAUAUCGCAAGAAACACAAGGACGCCCGCAGAAAGCUGAAGGCCUCCCUGAAAAGCUGAGGAUGAUAGGACAUGGAAGUCUGUUUCAGAUUGAAUACCUGGUCUGGACGUUACAGUUUGCAGAUUUUUCUCCUCCCUCAUUUGAUGCGAUCUGGUGUCAUGACUGAUUUUAACAGUCGACAGGAGAGAGAACAAACAGCAGCUGAGGACGCAGACUUGAAGCAAAACAUCGAGAUCGUCAGAAUAUAAGAUUUAUUUUUUUUAUUCUAGUAAAUCCUCAGAGAUAUUUUUCAUCAGAGCCUUCCUGUGGAAACUUGCGUAUCAGGAUUUCUUGUUAGUUUCCUGAAUGACAGUCAGACGCAGCUACAGAGGAUCAGACCUGUUUGGAAAAACAUUCAUAGACAAAAUGUUCAAAUGAAUAAGGUUUGAAUUUGAUAAUAAAUAUGAAAGGUCGAAAAAA